UGUUUAAUGCAAUUAAAUAUAUAAGAACGCAAUAUAUUUUCAUAAAACACCUCCAAAACAAACACCCGAAGUGUUUUGCAUUCCUGGAGAUGAUCAUUUAAAAUUUGUAAUACCAUUUUUGAUUUGACUGGGGGGGAAGGGCCAAACCCAAAAAUAAACAUGGCCGACGUUGACUACACUAUUAGCAAUCGAUUUGUGUAAUUCCGGGGAAAUUAUUUGAUGAAUUUAAAGAAAAACGUUCGAGAAAGUUAGUUUACAGAAUGAGGAAACAGUUCUAUAGAGUGAAACAGCUUGCUGACCAGCGCGUUGGACGGUAAGGCGGAAUAAAUGUCAAAAUACGAGGUCGAAAAUUACAAUAUUUCCUGGUCAAAUAUUGGCAAUUUGCUAAUUGUGAUUCUUUGUUAUAUAUUUAUUUAUAAAUAAAGCCACAUCGGAGAUUUUCGAAACAUUUCUCUUGCUUCCAAGAAGGAAUAUACCUUUUAAUAAAACCAGUUUGACUUUAUAUAAAAAGAACAAUAUGUUCGCCAUUUACUUUUGGCAAAUAUAUACUGUAACGGCUGUCGGCUGAUAACAUAUUUGAUUCCCCCGAAGCCCAUUUGUGAGUUUGUGUAUUCUUUCUAAUUUGACAUUAAUUGUGACAAAGAAUAAACUUGUAACAUUGUAUAUUGAGCCAUAGAAGCAAUUUAUUACCCUGUUAUGUAAUUAAUAUGUAAAAUUAAAACAGAUAUAUUUAAGAUUAAUAGGUGUAUAUAUAUGCACAGACUGAUACUGAUAUUGAUCAUAUAUUUAUCUCUUGUUUAUCAGCAAAUAUAAAGUGUUGAUUAGAUUAAAUUAUUUGAAUAAUGUGGUCCUUCCCAUUCAUUCUAACAAUUUUAAUCAAGCCUUGUGCCUCUGUUUACUUAUGUUAAUUUAAUUCAAUUUAAAAUCAGCUGCCAAAAGUAUUUUCAGCAGGCACUUAGAUGGCAAAUAUUAUAUAUUACAGUUAUAUAUUUGGUCGUUCCAGAAAAGAUCCAUACUCCCCCCACGGAGGAAAUUUCUGCCGUCCGGAGGGUGAGGGGAGAAAAAAUUGUUUCUGAUAAUAGUAAAUGUAUUAGGACAUCCGAAGGGGGUAGGGGGAUUAACUUCCUAUUUCCUCCGUGGGGGUAGUAUGGAUGUUUUCUGGAAUGACCCAUUAAUAUUAUACAUUAAUGUUAGCCAGAGUUUCAAAACAAAAAUAUUUAUUACAAGUUAACUAUUGAUCCAUUAUAGCACCCUAAUGCACCCACCAAAAUCAAUUUGCAAUAUAUCCAAAAUAAGAGAAUUUAUUUCUUUUUUCUGCACAGGGCAGAGAAGACUGCAAUACUGAAUGAGGACCUACAAGAUGUAAGCAUUUAUUUAUUAAUACAAUUGAACCUAUAGUUAAUGAACCUAUAGUUAAUAAGCAUCCAGUUAACAAACCCUCAUUAACAAAACUAUCUAGAGUUAAAAGUGUCUAGUUAACAAAUUAACCCAUUAAGCUGUAGUUAAAAAGUUGGGCGCAUUGCGGCUCAAUGGGUUAACUAGAGACAUUGUUAGAUUUUUUGAUUAACCCAUUAAGCUGCAGAACUUCCCCAUUGACGAGUAAAAUCGUCUGGUGUUAGACAAGUAAAAAAAAAGUAUAGGUAGAGCGCACUGGGGCACAUUGUGGCUCAAUGGGUUAAGCUGCAAUGCACCUGACUUUAUAAAUUUCAUCCUGUCUACCGUCAGAUGAUUUUACUCAUCAAGGGGAGAGUCUUUAUUAAUUGGCAUAUGGUGGAACAAAGGGAGCUAAUGUGUUGUGUGGGGUACAAGUUAUAAGAAUAACCCCCUCUUCUUCCCCUAACCCUUUGCAUCCUUCAUUAUUUUACACAUCCGUUCCUCGUCCCAGGUUGAAAAGAAGGUGGAGAAAAUCCGACAAGUCUGUCAAACAACAAGCAAGAAAUUAAAUGCAUGCAUGCAGAGCACAGGGCCUGAUGUGGACAAAAGACUGGUAAGGUUUAGAUUUGUGAUAUAUCCUAUUUUGUUUGUGUAUGGAGAAAAUUCUACUUGGGUUUCAUAACCGGAUACCAUAAAAAUGCCGGAUGCCGAUUCAUAACCGGAUACCAUAAAAACAUGGUAAGAAAACAAUGUCCGGUGUUAGAACUAGCCAAUCAGAUGCCAGUUCAGAAUAUGGAUUUGGCCAGAGCCCCUCGUUGCAAGAAGGGCUCUGGGUACGAGAAUGGAUUAGCGCUAACCCUCUAUUAAAAGUUAAACUGUUGUUUCAGUUUAUCUAUUUCUGAACAUAUGUUCAUUUCAAAACUUCAGAGACGAUAACUCCUACUGAUUCAGACAAGAUCACUAAAGAAAUAUUUCCAAAUUUAUAAACAAGCUGUUGGAAACAUUAACCCAGGGUUAGGCUAACCCAGCUUUGAAAAACCAGCCCCAGAAUGUUUUAUUGUAUUUGUUAUCAAUAAUCAAUUAUAAUGAGAUAUACUUUUUUUUGCCUUAUUUCAGAAAAAGCUUCCUCACUCAGCAUUAGCACAAAGCAUGGAGGAAGUAGCUGUUGUAAUUGGAGAGGAGUCAAUCCUUGGGUAAGGCCUUUGUAAGCUUAUAACAUUUGUUAAGAGCUUCAAUGAACUGAGUUGCUUUCAAAUUUCUGUUCUUCAGGAACAUGGCACGGAUAUGUGGAAAUUCCCAAACAGAAAUUGCGAAGGAUAUUGCUGAGUACGAGAUGGAAGUUGAGAGAAAUAUAAUUGCACCAUUUCAAACUGUUGUUGAGGUGAGAAUUCAUUGAUUUUGUCAUGUUUUACGAGUUCUGUUACAUUAAUCAUUCACUAAUCAAUAUUUAGAAUGAUAUUCCAUCAAUAAACCAAAAUAAAAAGAAGUUGGCAAAAAUUGGACUAGAUAUGGAUACAUUGAGAUCAAGGUACGGUACUUUAAUUUCAAUAAUUCUCAAUUCUUGUUUCUUAGAAAAUGUUUCUAUUUACAUGUACAUGACUUUCAACAGUCUUGUAUCCUGUUUCCUCCUGUAAAUCUAACCUCACUGGCAGCUCUUUAAAAUGAACACCUAUGUAUGAUAGACAGUUUCUAUUGUCCCAAUGUAAUAUAUAUCUUUUUCAAUAAAUCUCAAGAAAACAGACACCUCUAACACAGACACCUUGCUGUGUCCCUUCAGUGUCUACAUAAGAGACAUCCAACUGCAUUCUGUCUUCUGUAGAUAUCAUGCAGCUCUGAAAGCGAAGGAAAGCGGUAAUCCAAAGGACUAUGCUGCGGCGGAGGCCAAGACAGAGCAACUUAAGACACAUUAUGAAGAUGAGAUGAUGAAAUUUGAAGCUGCCAAGGUUUGAAUACUUGUAACUCGAGCUUCAGUGAAGAUUUAAAAAUGAUAAUUAUUUCUAUCACAUCAUUCUAGGAUCUUUUUAUCACUGAAAUGCUCACCUUGGUUUCCAAAGAACGAGAAUAUGCUGAACACAUUAGAAAGGUAAAUUAACUAACUUUUAUUACAUUAUGUUUGAAUCUAAUCUAUUCCAGUCCAUUCUAAUUCAUUCCAUCCCAUUCUAAUUCAUUCCAUCCCAUUCUAAUUAAUUCCAUCCCAUUCUAAUUCAUUCUAUCCCAUUCUAAUUCAUUCUAUCCCAUUCUAAUUCAUUCUAUCCCAUUCUAAUUCAUUCCAUCCCAUUCUAAUUCAUUCCAUUCCCAUUCUAAUUCAUUCCAUCUUCUAAUUCAUUCCUUGCCAUUCUAAUUCAUUCCAUCCCAUUCUAAUUCAUUCCAUCCCAUUCUAAUUCAUUCUAUCCCAUUCUAAUUCAUCUCAUUCCAAUUCAUUCCAUCCAUCCCAUUCUAAUUCAUUCCAUUCUUUCCCCAUUCUAUUCCAAUUCUAUUUCAUUGUAUUCUUUACCAUUCUAAUUCGUUUACUCUCAUGCAGUUCGCCAUUGCACAAUUGGAGUUUCAUCAGAGGGCGGCAGAACAUUUGGAAGAAAUAAUGCCUUUACUAGACAAAGAAAUGGGUAAGGAUAUUUGCCAGAGACGGAUGAUAGGAUAUUAAGGCCAUUUCCACUCAGGAAAAUUUUCCGCAGAAAGAAAAUUUUGUAAAAUGUGAUUGGCCGACACAAAUUUUCCGUCGGAAAAAAAUUUUGAAGUUGAAAAUUUUCAACUUUUAACAAUGAUAUUUUCGGAAAAUUUUCUGUUCGUGGAAAUUUUUCUUUAGUGGAAAUGGGCCUUUAUACUAUCAAGAAAUUAUCAAGCAUGAUUUCUUCCCAGGACUAUUGACAGUUUAGAUCACGGUAUUGAAUAAUGAUCAUACAGUAUAUCUUAAUGAAAAAAAAUAUGAAUCGUUCUUCGCGUAUUUUUUUUAUUUAGGAAUCGUGCGAUCUCACUCCAGUACAUUUGGAUGUCCAUUAGAGAAACACUUAGAAAGCACGAAAAGAGAAAUUGCGCUAGUCAUUGAAGAAUGUGUGAGGUUUAUAUUCCAACAUGGCAUGGAUACUGAGGUACUACUGUAAAAAAACAUGUAUGUUUACUAGUAUAUACCAUAGCUGUUGCUUUACUUGGUUUACAAGAAAAAACAUACUCCGAAGAAUAACAUCUUGUAAACUCAAGAUAUGAGCUAUAACACAAGACAACAAUUUUGCGGUAUAUCUUGUGUUAUAGCUCAUAUCUUGAGUUUACAAGAUGUUAUUCUUCGGAGUAUGUUUUUUCUUGUAUUUUAUUAAAUUGUCUGCUGGUAAUGGUUUUUUACUUGGUUUGCGAGACUCUUAUAUUUUUUGUUGUAGGGUUUGUUUAGGAUAGCUGGGCAAGCAACGAAAGUUAGAAAGUUAAAGGUCAGUUUUGGAAUAGGUGGUCAAUCUUUUAAGCGGAUAGCUCGGUUGGAUCCAAAAGGUGAUCGCUUCCUAUUAAGGUUCGACUAUAUUUUCUUCUUUUCUGUUUCCCAGGCUUCGUUUGACGCAGGUUUAGCCGACCUUUCAGGCGAAGAAUAUGACGUACACGCUGUUACAGGUUCACAUACUAUAUUUUACUACUAUUGUGUAUUGGUUUAAGCAUUGCCUUAAGGCUAGUUUCCACUCAGGAAAAUUAUCCGUGCAUUGGAACGGACAAGAAAAUUUUUCUUUGUGUUAAAGUCAUUAGUUCCAACCCAGAGCUCACAAGAAAGAAACAUUUUCUUGUCCGUUCCAAUCCACGGAUAAUUUUCCUGAGUGGAAACUAGCCUUGACUCGUGCCAUCGUGAUUUUUAUGAUUUUUUCCUCUUGCCAGGCGCUCUCAAACAAUAUCUACGAGAACUACCAGAACCUCUGAUGACCUUUGAACUUCAUCAUGAAUGGAUUGAAGCUGGAAGGUUGGAAUUAAAUAAAAUUAUUACUAAAUAGCGAAACUCAAUCUUCAUAAAGCAUUAACCCGCUCCUAACCUGCAACCUGAACCUUAUCACUUACAUAUCACUGCAGGUCUUUAAUAUAUACUCUGUCUAGCGCUGUUUUAUUUAUCUUUUGCCCAUUAACUUUCACUUUUCAGCAUCAGAGAGCGAGAUGAUCGGCUACAGAAACUAUGGACUGUUGUUUCACAACUACCUAAAGCUAACAAAGAUAAUUUAAGGUAAACUGGCCAAGUCCCCCCCCCCAACCCCGCCUGCCAUCUGCACAUCACAUAUUCAGUAUUUGUUAAGUUCUGUAAUUUGUAAAUACGCGGCAACUUGCCAAAUCUUAUAUAAUCGUUGCAGAUAUCUAAUAAAAUUCUUGGCGAAGAUUGAACAGAACUCAGAAAUUGGUAAAAUGAACGCACAUAAUCUUGCUAUAGUCAUGGCCCCGAAUCUCAUUUGGUCCAUAGAUGAUGAGAGGUGAUAUUCAUAGAUAAUUAACAUUACUUAGCUUGCAUUUUUUGGGUUGUUUCCAAAGUAGCGAAUUGUAUUCUCAGAGAGUUAUAAAAAUAUUGAAAUAUUUGGUUCUUUGCAUAAAUACUAAUAUAAGUCAAAACAAUAAGAGGAAUGGAGAACAAUUGGAUUUUAAAAGCAAUGAAAAGUCAAUGGAACAUUCCGUUUACUGUUUCGUGACUGCUUUGGAUUAUUGUUAUGCUAGAUGAUAUAGAAAUGACCAGUUGUUGGCGAUACAUUUGUAUUGUGUAAGAAUUGUAAGAAAGAGCAUGAUAUAUGUUUUGUGAAAUAAAAAUAUUUGAAUUGUUUCAGUGGACAAAUGAACAUGAAGAAUACAGGAGUAUUAACUGGGAUUCUGGAAGCUUUGAUAGAACAUGCUGACUGGUUCUUUUCCGAAGGUAUUAUCCCAUAGCAUAGUCAUUGUCUUUAUUACACUUACUACCAUCAAAAGCAUUAUUAAAAAUAACAAUAACAACAGGAAACAGCUACAAGAACAAGAAACAAAUAACAACACCACCAACAAAAACACCAACUACAACAGCAAAAGCACCAUCAGCAACAACGCAUAAUUUUUCCUUUUCUUCCACCAAUUUCAAACUUUCUCUCACUCUACUAGAUGUUGAUUUCUCGUCGCCCAAGAGUCCAACGUUGACUACGAAUCGUACAGACACUAGUUCAUCAAAUGAAGAAAAACAUUCUUUCAAAAACAAUACAUCAUUUCGAAGACAACUAAGUUCGUCUGACGAAUCGACAAAACGGCCAACCUUGCUCAAUGAAGCUGCAACUCUGGUUGAUGUUAAACCUGUGGUGGAAGAUGAUAACGAAAUGUGAGUUUUAUUUUUGCUAGAGAAAGUGGCUGAUUCAAUUCUAGUUUAGCUAUCAAGAUUUUUGUGGCAUCUCACUCGAAUGAAUGAUAUUUGAUGGGUAUUGUAGAUGGAAAUUGUUGAGUGGAAAUUCACAUACAUUUAUUAGACCUAACCAGGAACAGAAACGAAAAAUGCAACUUUAAGUCCCUGUCAGGAAUUGAACCUGCGGCGUUGCGAUUCCAUUGCAGCGCUCUAACCAACUGAGCUACACUCUCUCGACAACUGGCCUCUGUAUUUUUAGAUAUGACCACCAUUUUUGAAGAAGCCAGUGGGUUUUGGUAAUACCUCAUACCUUUAUUUGUUUUUCGCACAAACCUGAGAAAAAACAGCACUAUGUGACUUUACUAAUACAUCGAGUUUCUAUACUUAUUGUUCAUUUUGUUUUUAUUUUAUCCAGGUCUCAUUCAGACGAAAAGGUGGACGAGCUGCUCGCGAGUCUCAUGUCGGUAUCUGAUGAAGAUCCCAAGCCUCCCCUUCUACCGAAACGUUCAUUCUCACCCCCCGGCGUAAAUAAUUAG